UUUCCAUUCGUAACCCUAGCAACACUCCGUAUUAAAUCAAUUGAGUAACCCAUAAAUUCCGUCCCACACUGAAACACCCAUAAAUUCCGAUACAUACCCCAAAGGAUUUGGCCACACAUCGGAUAGUGAUUAUUUUAGGGAAGCCUCUUUUCAGAUCGAAGAAUGAUUGCCCAUCAAGGCCAGAACCGGAAAGGUAAGGUCCGGGAACAAUGCGGUUCCUGCCCGAAUCGGUUCUCGAAGGACAAACGGCAGGUGGUGGCCGAGGACUCGGACACCACGGAGGUGGAGUCGUCCACGGACGAGGAGGAUCGGUGGAAGGAAGUGGCGCGAGCCGCCGAAAUUCCGGCCGAUUAUUACAACAUCCAGAAACUGGUCAAGUAUAUUAAGGCGGGCAAUCAGACGGCCACUAUAGUAUCGCUGUGCUGCUUGAAGGACUACGAUCUGAGCACCCAGAUCAACCAGUUCGCCAUCUCGGACAUCGGCGGCCUCGAUGUCCUGGUCAACAUCCUGGAGUGCAGCGACACCAAGUGCUGUUUGGGCGCCCUCACCGUUCUCUCGGAUAUCACCCUGAACAUUGAUAUCCGGAAGACCAUUGUGGAUCUGGAUGGUAUACCCCUCAUCGUGGACAUCCUCAACUCCUCCAUGAAGGAUCUCAAGACCAUGGCGGCCGAGACCUUGGCGAAUGUGUGCAAAGUCCGUUUGGCCAGGAAGUAUGUGAGGACUUGUGGCGGGAUUCCCAAGCUGGUGGAUCUCAUUGACAUCAAGCUGAGUAUUUUGAAGACUCCCCGUGACCAACUGAAUGCCGAUGACCUGGAAUCCCUGGACAUGACCCGAGCCGGUGCCCGUGCCCUUUGGACUUUGGCCGACUCCAAGCACAAUAUGGAACAGAUGCGAAAGAGUGGAAUUGUACCGUUGAUGGCCCAGCUGCUGAAAUCCGUCCACAUCGAUGUGGUGAUACCCAUUAUGGGCACUGUGAGAAAAUGUUCCUCGGAACCCAAAUUCCAACUGGCAAUCACCACGGAGGGCAUGAUUCCGGACAUUGUGAGCCAUUUGCAUUCGGAGAACACGGAACUAAAAAUGGAGGGAAGUACGGCGAUUUACAAGUGCGCCUUUGAUCCCAAUACCAGGGAAUUGGUGAGAGAAGCUGGAGGAUUGGAGCCACUGGUUACCAUCAUCAAGGACAAGAACCUGAGGGACAACAAGCCACUGCUGAGAGGAGCCACGGGGGCCAUAUGGAUGUGUGCCGUGACGGAUGCCAAUGUGAAGGUUAUGGACCAACUGAGAACUGUCAACCACUUGGUGGCCUUGUUGAAUGACGAAUGCGAUGAGGUCCUGACCAACGUCACGGGAGCACUAUCCGAGUGCUUGAGAUUCCAAAAUAAUCGCGAGCAACUUCGCUCCGCUGGAGGAUUGGCAUCUAUGGUGUCCUUACUCAACAGCUCCCAUGCCCCGCUCUUAGAAAAUCUGGCCAAGGGUCUCAAGGAAUGUGCCGAGGAUCCGGACAGUAUGAGAGACCUGGAGGAACUCGAUGCAGUGCGUUUGAUUUGGUCCUUGCUGAAAAAUACCAGUACCAAAGUCCAGGCCCAUGCCGCCUAUGCCAUAUGUCCUUGUGUCCGCAAUGCCAAUGAUUCCGCCGAACUGGUCAGGAGCUUAGUGGGAGCCAUGGAACUGGUGGUGGGUCUCCUUAAGUCCAAGGACAUAAUGGUCUUGUCGGCUGUUUGCGCCGCCAUAGCCACUAUCGCCCAGGAUCAAACGAAUCUGGCCAUCUUAACCGACUUGAGGGUCAUCUAUAAGCUGGCCGAUCUUGUCCAGACAACCGAUGAUCUCCUGAGAAUGAAUCUGGCCGCUGCCGUGGCUGCAUGUGCCACCUUCGGCAAUAAUACGGAGGAACUGGGACGCCUACGCACUGUGACGCCAAUUGUCACCUACAUGACCAGUGAUAAUCCUCUCGUGCAUCGCAGCACGGCCAUGGCUUUGGAGAAGCUGUCAAUGGAUCCGCAGAACUGCAUCACCAUGCACCAAAGCGGUGUGGUUCCAUUCCUGCUGGAGUGUAUUGGUUCUACCAACAAGGAGCUCCAAUUGGCAGCCGCCGGUUGCCUCAGAAAUAUCCGGGAACUGGCUCUACGCGCCGAAGAGUAUUUGCUUAAAAUCGACGAUGACUAGGUUUUGCGAUUGGUUAUGUUUAUGUAAUUACUGUUCAAAAAAUACAUCAUCAUUGAAGAA